AUGCAUGAAGUUGUUAACAUUUUAGACUCAUGUAGAUCUAGGGUUGGUGUUGGACUUGUGAAAGGCAUGGAUAUGGAUAAAGUUGGAAACUUUUGGUCAAACUGUGAUGGAUUUGAGUACUUUACUAAGGAUUGGUCUUGGAUUGGUGAAAUCAUGGAAGACAUCCAUGAUUUGGAUACCAUAGAUGUGGAGCUUGAUGAAUACUUCAAAAGGAAACAAAUUUCCCAAUGCAAAGACAAAUUUCUGAAUAUUCUCUAUGAAGAAGACGAUAACGGCGCAAAUGAUGAUGUUCAACCUCAUAUCAAUAUAGAAGAAGCGGACAAAGAGUAUAUGGAAGGUAGUGAUGAAGAAGAUACUGAUGACGAUCUCGAGUAUUACACCAUAACCUAA